GAGGCGAUGGAUUGAUUUUUCAUCAUAGUCCGGCUGCCAAAAUAAGAACGUCUGUGGCGAUGCGGUGCGAUGGAACACUCGUAUCCGCUGGAUUUAAGCUGCCUGCAGUGGGACAGCAUGUUAUGAAACAUUUGCUGAGCAGAAUCUGAGAGGCGGACACUGAAAAAACCCCUGGAGGGGAACCAUUGCUACAAGCCCAGCAGCUGAGCCAGGCACUGGUGCUUCCUGCUGCCGAGAGCCCAUCAGGACAGAUUGAGGGCAGUGGAGAGGUAUGAUGCUGGUUGAGAUUACAGAGACCUGAAGGGAUUUUGUGAAUUUAGAGGGCAGCUGAGGAGGAAGAGCAAGACGUCAAGGAGAUCAGGCACCAGUGAAGAUGGUGGGGAGGCGGCUGUGGAUUUUCCGGUGUUGGAAAUGGAGGCAUAGCAGUACUUCUCUGCUCUGCCUGACAGUGUCAUGUGUUGCCGCUCUGCUAGCCUUAUUGCAUGUUGAUGCUAUUGAGUCCUGGAGCAUGUCUCUGGCCAUGAAUACAGCGAGGGUGGUGCAGGGGGGCAGGGGCACUCACAGAAGCCCCCCAAACCCAGAGGAAUAUCCUCUGAUGCCCAGUCCAUUUGUGUGUCAGCGUGCCAAACCUUACCUCCUCACCAUGGUAACAACUGCUCCAGCCAAUCAGAAGGCCCGACAGGCCAUCCGGAACACCUGGGGUGGUGAGACUGAGGUCAGGGGUCGGCGGGUCAUAACCCUGUUCAUGGUGGGCUUGACGUCUGAUCCUGGACUAUCCAAACAGCUUCUGGAGGAGGCACGAGAUCACAGAGACCUGGUACAGGGGCGCUUCCUGGAUACUUACGCUAACCUCACCAUGAAAACCCUGUCGAUGUUCGGCUGGGCCCACCGUUUCUGCCUGCAGACACACUUCAUUGCCAAAGUGGACGAUGAUGUCUUUUUUAACCCUGGCGUGCUCAUACGUUACCUGAAUAGGAGCUACAGCACUGAGGGUGACCUGUACCUGGGCCGAGUCCACCUUCAGGUGUCUCCCAACCGCAAUUCGGCCAGCAAGCACUAUGUCCCAGCUGCUGUCUAUGCCCCGGAGGUCUUCCCUGACUACUGCAGUGGAACAGCUUACAUCCUUUCCCGCUCUGCCAUUCUCAAGAUCUCCCAGGCCAUCGCUCCUGUUUCACCUCAUUUGCCCCUGCCUCCUGAGGAUAUAUUUGUUGGACUGUCUGCUCGAGCUGCCGGCAUUCUCCCCUCCCACAGCCCACUGUUCUCUGGGGGCCCUGGUCUGCCCUACAACCGCUGCUGCUACCAGGCAAUGGCAUCGGUGCACCGCAUCUCUCCCACAGAGAUGAUUCGCAUCUGGGGGGAGGUGCAUUCCCCACCCGCAUGCUCAUGGCUGGGUCUGCACGCAUCCUUGGGCCUGUGCAAGGUGCAAGCCCUGCUGGGGACCAUGCUGGGGAGGGAAAAGGGUUUUUAGUGACCACAGUAGUGGAUACAGUAUUAAUGAGGUUCAGCUGAGUACAAGUGGAGAUGCAUCAGUAAGAGGCUACAGGACUGAACUAUAUGGCAAAUGAAGCUGAUAAAGCACAAACAUAAUUCCAAAUAUGUAUUCUUGGGCGUUCUGAGAAAUUUAUUUUUGUAAUAUGAAUAUUUAAAUGCAUUGACAGUUUCCUUGUUGAUUUUUCUGUUUAUAGUUGGUUUAACCAUAGGGUUUAAUUGCACUGGCAUAUAGAUUAUGACCAGUGCACCGGUUGGACAGAUGUGACUGAAAAAGUACAGUGGGGCGGCAUGUAGCAUCGUGGUUUAAGUACAUGACUGGGACCCGCAAGCUUGGUUGUUCGAUCCCCUUAACCCUGCAUUGCUCCAGGGGAGGAUUGUCUCCUGCUUAGUCUAAUCAACUGUAAGUCGCUUUGGAUAAGAGUGUCAGCCAGAAUGACAUGUAAUGUAAUCCUCUAUUCCUCUAUUAUUGCAUAUUUGGCAUCCUGAAUGGUUUCAGAUCUGCUUACAAAAUGUAAAGGAACCCAUAUAGACACAAAACAUAUUUUUAAAUUACAGUUUCAUAAAUUUAAUCAAGACUGGGCCACUCCAAAACAUUUUGUUUCAUAGUUUUGUUUCUUUUCAGCCAUUCGUAUAUGGACUUACCUUUGUGUGUUAGAUCAUUGUCUUGCCGCAUAACCUAGUUAACAUACAGCUUCAGCUCACAGACAGAUGACCAGACAUUCAGCUUAAGAGUUUUCUGGUACAGUGCAGAAUUGAGUACCACUACCAUGUUUUGCUGUUGGUAAAUUAAAUGCUGCGUUUGCUUUACACCAGACAUCUGUCCAUAGAACACUAUUCCAAAGUGCUGGGGAUCAUGUGGGCAUUUCUUUAUUCAAAUGUGAGAUGGGCAUUGAUAUUUGUCUUGGUUAGCAGAGGUUUCCAUCUUGCUACUCUCCCAUGAAUCCUAUUUUUCCCCAUUCUCGUUUUCGUUCUUGAGUCAUGAUCAUGAACUUAGCUGAGGCUAGAGAGGCCUGCAGUUCUUUUAAUGUUCUUCUGGGAUCUUGGCCUUUGUGGGUGAGUUCCCGGUGCAUCCUUGGAUUUUGGGUACGGGAACCUACCCCUAGGAGAAAAUGUUAAAUGUUAUUUAUCAGAAGUUAGUGAAAUCUAAAAAAAUAAAAUAAAACAAUGCUAAAUAAAACUACAAACUGCAGCAACAUAACAAGGACAAAGAGAGCAAUAAAUCAAUUAAUUUUUAUUUGUAUAAGUGCCUUUGUCACAAAGCAGCUUUACAGAGAAACUGGUCCCCAAGAGUACGAAGAAAAAACUCUCUGGAAGAACAGGAAGAAAUCUUGAGCAGAACCGGACUCAUUAGGGGAACUCAUCUGCUGCUGGUUGACACCGGAACAAAUCAUUUGGCAGUGGUUGUCAUAAUCAGCAUACGCCUACUGAUUCAGGGAUGAAAAAGUCUAAAGCUACGAAUCCAAUGGCCUCAAUGGUCAGUUUCCUUUAAUGAAGAAAUUUAAAUUAUCUUGGUGAUUAAUGUUAAAAAUGUUGCCAAUUGCGUGAUAAAAAUAAAUGAAUAUGGAACAAA